AUGCUGAAACAAAAUUCAGCAAUAUAUCAAAAAAUAUCAGAAAAACGUAGAAACCUAGAACAAUUAAAACAAUUCAAACAACUCACAGAAGAACUUAAUUUGAAUCUUGAUGAAAUUUCUCAACAAAUAAAUAAAAUGAAAAAUGGAACUGAAAGUGUUGCAUUAAUUUUACAAAAUUGGCAAAGAGUUAUACAAUCUAUAAGUUUAGCUUCUUUGGGAUUGCUAAAGUAUCAACAACAACAACAAAAAGAUGAUGAGCUUUAUCCUGAGACUUUAAUUAGAAUUAAUUUAAAUGAUGAAAAUGAUAAUAUUGAUGUUGAUGAAGAAGAGGAGGAAGUUGAAGAAGAAGUGCAAGAAAUCGUGGAAUAA